AUGUCAUCAAAUCGUUAUGAUAUUGAUGAUGAAAUAUAUAUAACUGAUCUAUUAACAAAUGAAGAUAUUCCUUCACUUGUUAAAUGGCUUAAUAAUCCAACAAUAUAUGCUAAUACACUGGCAAUACCAUAUCCAUAUUCAACAAAUGAUGGUGAAAAUUUUAUUAAACAUGUAAAAUCGGAAUCAUUAAAUUCAACACGUAUUUUUACUGUUCGUUUACAGAUAAAUAACGAAUUGAUAGGUGCAUGUGGUUUACAUCGUUCGGUUAAAAAUGAAAGGAUAACAGAAAUUGGAUACUGGUUAAGUGAACCAUAUUGGCAUCGUGGUUUAAUGUCUAAAAUUGUAAAGAAAGUAAUUGAAAUAGCAAAAACUGAAUGGAAAAAUUGGGCACGAAUUGAAGCAACAAUAUUUCAUUGGAAUAAACGAUCAAUGCGCGUUGUAGAAAAAUGUGGUUUUGUAUUUGAAGGAGUCUUACAUAAAUAUGUACAUAAAAAUGGACAAGAUAUUGAUGUGCAUAUGUAUGCAUUAAUUAUUGAAUAA